AUGCUAGACCUAAAAUCUUUCCAAGAAGUGGCCGAUGAGGUGAAAAGGUUAAAUCAAGCCCUAGGCAAGAUUAAUGAUAAAGCCCAAUUACUUCCGGAAUUUUUAACGGAAAUUAAGAAACUUAAUAACUUUUUGGCGGAGUUUGGCAAGGCUUUCAAAGCCUUAGCUGGUUUACUAGAAAAAAUGGUUAAGAAACUCGGUCGUUCUAAGUCCAAAGAGCCAGAACUACAACCCAACUAUCUCAAAGAUAGCUUAACCAAUUUUUAUAAAGAGCACACCGAGAAAUUUAUUAAUAACAAGGCCGACGAAUUACGCGAAGAAGCGAUGGCGGAAAUAAAAAGUUUGCGACAAAUCGUGGCUAUUACCUUGCUAGCGAUUUUUGGACUCUUGGCUUUGGCUUAUUUUUGA